AUGCCACCCCGCAAUUCUGCCCCUUCUAGUUCUGAGCCUAAUCCUGAAAACCUUGAGGGUGUUUUUAAUGCUAUUAGAAGACUUGCUGAGGUGGUGGAAAAACAUGUUAGUACUAGCGGAACAGCUAAGCCCAAAGAUGCUGAGAAUGAAGGAUGUACCAUUGUGCAAUUUAGGAAAAUGGGUCCUCCUUCAUUUUUGGGAAACCCUGAUCCUACAGAAGCAGAGACUUGGAUAAUGCAAAUGGAGAAAAUAUUUGACGUGGUUGGUUGUACUGAAGUGCAAAAAGUCUCUUUUGCUUCAUUUAUGCUGAAAGGGGAAGCAGAGCAUUGGUGGAGAUCCACUAAAAAGACUUUGCCACUUGAGAAAGAUGAGAUAUUGACUUGGACUAUUUUCCUUGAUGCUUUUUAUGAGAAAUAUUUUCCAGAAAGUAUACGAGAUGAGAAAGAAGUGGAGUCUAUGGAGCUCAUUCAAGGGAAUAAAAUAGUGUUACAGUAUGAGGCUAAAUUUACUAAGUUAGCUCGAUUUGCUCCACAUAUUGUGUCUGAUGAUGUUAGGAAGGCUAAGAAAUUUCAAAGGGGUCUACGACCAAGUAUAAGAACCAGGAUGGCAGCCUUACGAUUGAAGGCUUAUUUUGAGGUAGUAGAAACUGCAAAAGUUGUUGAAAAGGAAUGUGAAGACUAUUAG